AUUGGUGGUAGUCGUGGACUACUUCAUUACCUUCCUUUAACGCCAAAGAGAGAGCCGGAUAUACGAUUCAACUAUUUUUCUCAGACGUUGGUUGUGUGUGGCUCUCUUUCCUUAUCCCCUACUAACAAACCCCUCUACUCCUUCCAAUUAUAUAAUGCAUGGCUUAUCUCUUCAUUCCUUCCCUUUCAUUGUUCUUCCAAACUACUUUCCACAGUGAUCACACAGAAUGUCUGAUCAAGAGAAUGGCCUGCCAGCUGAUGAGCUGUGGCCAGAGCUGAGGCUGCCCAACUCAUUAUACACCGCCAGCGUUAGCGAACUCCAUGCGGCCAUAGAGAACGACUGGGACAACUUGCGAAGGUCUGCAUGCCAGACGGCGGCAGGGAGGGCAUUAUGGAAUCAUGUGAUCCAUGACCCGUUAGCAGAGGUACUAGCAGGAGAGACGUACCUGAAGAGCCUGUAUGACAAGAUUUUGAAGGAUCGUUUGAAGAAUGCAAGCGAAGUGUCUGGGGUAAUCAUUGCAGUUAGAACACUCUGGUUUGAUAGAAAGCUUGAAGCAGCCAUCAAUUCUUUUGAUGGUGGAGCAGCACAAGUUGUUCUUCUUGGAGCAGGGAUGGAUGCAAGGGCAUUUCGCUUGAGUUGCUUAAAAGAUAUUGACGUCUUUGAGGUAGAUUUCCCAGAGGUCCUGCAAAUCAAAUCCACUAUUCUACAGGCUGCAGCAGAGGCAACAAAUGAACAUAAGAAGAUAAUGAUGACAGCAAAAUCAUUGAGAAGAGUGGCAGCUGACAUCAGAGAAAGCAACUGGCUGGAAAAGCUUCAAGUAUCAGGCUUUGAGAUAAAGAAGAAUACAGUGUGGAUUCUAGAGGGUAUCCUCUACUAUCUCUCGCACUCCCAUGCAAUGGAAGUACUAAAACUUAUUGCAGAUAACUGUGCCUUUACGCAUACAGUACUCUUAGCAGACUUCAUGAACAAACAAUCAACCACAAUGUCCCCUUCACUGUACCAUUUCUAUAGUGAUUGGCCUGAUCAGUUACUUCCAACCCUAGGGUUUUCUGAUCUUAAACUCUCUCAAAUUGGUGACCCAGAUGCCCAUUUUGGGUUGUUGAAUGAUCCACUAAAUUUGUUCAACAAGCUGCGCAGCUUGCCAAGAUCACUUCAAACUAACCCUGCUGAUGGAACACCAUGCUGUCGUUUGUACUUGCUUCAGGCUUCUGGAGCACCCAAUUGAAUCAUUCCUUUCCUGCAGCGUUUUGAUGUAGGCACCAUUGUUUCCUAGAAUUGUAAUAAAGAAUUCUAUACAAUUUGUAAUUAGAAAAACACCAUAAUGCCACUAGCUUAUCGUAAUUCUUUUACCAAGUACUACGCCUAUAAUGUUACUAUGUUAGUAGUCCCCUUUUCCCCAAAGAAACAAUAUAGUUGGCCAAGAAAGAGGUGCUGGCUACUUGCCUAUAUGCUAUAUGCACAAAGGGGCAGCUUCGAUACUUGAAUACUUGAAUCCUUGAAAAUUUG